CAAUAUAAAGGCGCACUUUCUUUUGGUAGCCCUAGCCCACCCCAUCAGUUUCCAGAGAGGGCGAUUCCUACGACUCAGAUCUCCUCCGUCUCUUUGCCCACGCAACCAUGACUUUCAAGCGCAGGAACGGUGGACGCAACAAGCACGGCCGUGGACACGUCAAGUUCAUCCGCUGCUCCAACUGCGGUAAAUGCUGCCCCAAGGACAAGGCCAUCAAGAGGUUCCUUGUGAGGAACAUUGUUGAACAGGCUGCUGUUAGGGAUGUUCAAGAAGCUUGCGUCUAUGAUCAGUAUGUGCUUCCAAAGCUGUACGCGAAGAUGCUGUACUGUGUUUCCUGUGCAAUUCACUCGCACGUUGUGAGGGUUCGUUCUCGCACUGAUAGGAGGAACCGUGCGCCACCACAGCGCUUCAUCAGGCGUAGGGAUGAUCAGCCAAGGCCUGGCCAGCCUGGUCAACCACCUCGUCCUGCUGGGACUGCGAAUCCUGUUCGUGCAUAAGAUGCAAAUCUAUUUCCUCCAAUUGCCAUACUAUUCGUUAAUGGUGUUUGAGUUUCUUGAACUUCUCAGUUGUGUAGGAAUUCUCUAUGGUUUACAAUACUGUUAUCUUUAUGGAUAAUUUGAUUUGAUAAGAACCUGAAAAUCCAGAAAUUUUGUUUUCAAAAUA